GACGAGGUCACUCGUUGCUCGAACCUCGACGGAGUUCCCUCGCGCUGGUACGUGUUACUUCUCUCCCAAGAGAGUGAUCGUGAAAGUCUUUCGCUGUUGUUGCGUAAGAUUGUACCAAGAGUGAGUGCGUCGACGAACAGGUUCAGAGUCGGAGGAGAUCCUACAGCAACUUAUUCUAGUGAACUUGCCAAAUCGAUAGCAAAGGCUCGAUCGAAAGAAACCGGCGGAUUGGCUGAAGUGGUCGUUGCCUGUUGUAAACUGGCGAUCAAAGACGAAAAAAUUCCAACGUUCAGUGAAGUGUGCAAGCGAGUCGUGCCGGGGAAAAGCGGAUCGAAAGGCAAUCAAGAGCAGAUAACCACGGAUAUGACGCGUUGUCAGAGCCUGCAGUACGCAUCAGCUACGAUGACCGACAGUGGCAGUCUAUCGUGGACCGGGCAGAAAGAGAUGUCCGGCUGCCCGAGGGGCACGAUCACAUGCGGCAUGCUGCCGACGUUGCGUGCCCUGGCAUCCAAACAAUGCGACAACAGCCAAGGUGUCGUCUGCCUCGUGCCGUUCGACGCCGACAUGGAUUCUGCCAGUCACCUGCAGAUGAUUUUACUCGAGGCGUACUGCCGCGAGACGGGUAUCAAGGUGUUGAGAGUGUCCAGAGAGAGGAUACGGGACCACCUGUGCCCCGGCAGCGUCGAUCUCUCCUGCGUCCUCAUUUCCAACGACGACGACCCGUAUUUUUUAGACCCCCCGGAGUGAAUUUGUCAGACUGGCUGAUUUCGAAGAACCGAGUUUUUUUUGGACUGCACACCGUCACGCGACUCUGGACACAGUCGAGGAGGGUCGUCGUAGGGCGGGUGAUAGAAGGAGAGAGAGCGUCUUCGGCCUUCGAGCACAAAAAUAGAAGGAAUACACGUUGGUCGACUUUUUCGCGUUCGUGCGUUAUAUGACUUGCAACCUUAACGCUCGGAGUCGAAUGGAACGCCAUCGAUAACGAGACGAGAUAGUGGCUAACGGAUAACGUGGCUCUUAGAGAUAAGCUUCUUUGCGUAGAUCUCUCGAUCGCAAUUUAAUCGUGAAAUUCGUUAUUCGAAGCGAGGAAGUAUCUGCACACGCGCACAGCCUUAUUGUAACGUAAUUGUUGAAUUUAGGAACACACAAAGAUGAAAGAUGGAACAUAAUUAUUUUGUAUAAUUGUCUUGUAAUGGAUUUCGAAGAAACGCAUUCGUUGUGAUUCCGAUGAUUAUUUUGUAACAAUAUAUGCAGACGUUAUCUAA